AUGAACGAACCUAAACUUAGUGCCUGCCAAACGCGCAUGUUUCAAGCAAAGCACACAAGAAAAUUAAGCUUUGAGCAAAUUGGUAAAGAGUUGGGCUGUGAUGAAGUAUAUGCAGCAGCUAUAUUUUAUGGCCAGGCAAAGCCAUCGGAUGAACAGUUGCAUAAGCUUUCUGAACUACUGAAUGUACCUACUCAGCAUUUGCUUGAAGAGAUGGGUUCUCAUUUUUAUCCGGUUAGAGGAGGUUUGAUGACUUUACCUCCUCAAGAUCCUACACUUUACAGAUUCUUUGAAAUGAUUCAAGUUUAUGGAUACCCUUUGAAGGCGAUCAUACAUGAAAAGUUCGGUGACGGCAUCAUGUCAGCAAUCGAUUUCAAAGCUCACGUAGACAAGGUUGAAGAUCCCAAGGGCGAUCGUGUAAAAAUCACUCUGGAUGGCAAGUUCUUACCAUAUUCAAAUGGCUGGCAGUUCAACAAGAAUUAA